AAUUGAUAAUUUUAAUUUUAAUUAAAUUACUAACACUCACUAAUUGUAUUUUCGAAAUAUUAUUUUUUAGUUUCUAUGUGUUUUUAAUGAUUUUAAUGAAAUAUCAAUUAGAAAUAAUAGCUGAAUUUUAUAAAUUUAAUAAAAAUUUGGAAUUGAUAGUAUCUUAAAUUUAGUACAAUUAGGACUGCUUUUCAAAAUUCCAGUAUAAAAAAACUCAAAAAUAUUUAACACAAUACAGCAAAAUGAAAUGUAAAGUACUAAAAAAUUGUGUUACCAUGUCUGCAAUUUUCAAAAAACAAAUUAAAUAUCUUGGCAAUAAUACACAUCUCAUAGCAAGAUGCAGUACUAAAUCACAAUCAUCAGUUAAUUUUGCAAAUUUACAAACUAUGCAAGAAAUAAAAGUUAAACUUCAUAAAAUGAUGGGUAUGACUGAAAAAUAUCAUCAUGAAGAUAGAAGUUGGUUAGCAGAAUAUUUACCAAAAACUCGUGAAGAAUUACCACCUCGUUGCAUGAAUGAUAGUUUUGAUAGAGCAAAAGUUCCAUUAAGUAAUGAUUUGGUUUUGCAAAAUAAAUAUACUACAACAUAUAAAGGUUUACGAUUGGGAAGACUUCUAGAAGAUAUGGAUCUUUUUGCUGUAUGGAUUGUAAUGAAACAUAUUUAUAACCCAAAAUUACCAAAAGAUGUACCCAUACCUUAUGUUGUUGUAACAUUAUUAGUGGAUGAUUUAUUAAUAACCCCUGAACGAUUUCCUGAUAAAGAUUUAAUAUUUAGUGGACUUGUAUCUCAUGUUGGAAAAACUUCUAUGGAAGUUACUUUGUGGUUAGAACAACUUCAUGAUAAUAAAUUAAAACGUAUCACCAAAGCCAAUUUUGUAUUUGUAGCUAGAGAUUCUACAAAUCAAUCGUCUGUUUUAGUAAACGCUCUUGAACCUAAAGGUGAAUUUGAAAAAAGAAUAAUGAAUACUUUAUCUCAAAGAAAUGAAGAAAGAAAAAGGGCUUGUCAAGAUUCAAUAUUAAAUAAAAUUCCUACUCCUGAAGAACAUUGUUCAAUCUAUGAAGUAUUUCUAAAAACUCUAAACAAAAAAGAACCAAUGUUAGGUGACAAAAUUUUGCCUCCUGGGAGUGUAUGGAUGGAUGAUACUAAAAUUGAAACUAAUAUUCUUUGUCAUCCUGAAGAUAGAAAUUUACAUAACACCGUAUUUGGUGGAUUUUUAAUGCGUGUUGCAACAGAACUUGCUUUUCUAGUGGCUAGUGUUCAUUGUAAAACUAGAGUUGUAUCUCGAGCAAUUAAUUCAAUUACAUUUCGCAGUUCUGUUCCAAUUGGUAGUAGAUUAAAAUUGGUUGGAAAAAUUUGUUACACCAAUAAAAAUGUUAUGAUUAUUGAAGUAAUUGCAAAAGUAGAAUCAAUAGAAACAAAAACAAGUUUGACAACAAAUACAUUUUAUCAUGUUUUUGUUGCACCUAAUAAUGUUGAUCCUGUUUUGCCUCAAAGUUAUCAUGAUUCUAUGCUUUAUAUUGAUGGACAAAGGCGAUAUUUGGAUAUUUAUGAUUCAUUAUUUGUACAAAUGUAAUCAGUUUACAAGAAAAAUUAUAUUUAAUUUCGUUACCUAUAUUUAACUCAUCUUUCAUCUUUAAAAUUUUAAUUUAUAUUCUAUUAUUAGUUGAAAAAUUAAUUGUUUACUUAUUUAUUUUCUUUUAGUAUUAUAAUUCUGAGUUCCUGCCAAUUUUAUUUUUAUUUUAAACUUUAAAAUUGUUUUAAAAUUUUACCUUUGUCUUAAUUAGUUAACUUAUUUUUUUGUUUUUUUAAAUAUUUAUUAAAAAUAUCAAUUUUGUAUUUAUUUUAACACAUAUUAAUAAUGGUAAGUGGUGAUUCAUAAUCAGGGUUGUAAUUUUUAUGUACUAAAAAUACCACAAAAUGCUAAAAUACGCAAUAAAAAAUUUUUGUAUAAAUUAUAUUCUUACCAGUGGCACCAGAACCGUAGGGCCAUUUCCCCCCAGUCAAAAUACAAAACAAAAAAUGUUAUUUUGCCCUUCCCAACCCAAUUAAAUCAAAUAAAAACUUAAUCAAAUUAAAAGUUGUCUAUUAAUUGUUUUCAAUAUUUUUAUUUAAAAAAGUUGUCCAUUAUCGAUUUCAGAUUUUGUGAUUAUCCUAAGUAUUAUGUAUAUUGCUAUUCUUUUAUUACUUGUGGCCUAGUAAAUUUAUUUAACUUGUGUAAAAUUGCAAACAAGUUUUUACCAAAAAUUAAAUGUAUUUUUUAUUCAGUACUUCAUUUUCUACUUCUAAUUUUGAGUAAAAUUCAUAAGGAGUAAAUUGUUAAAUGUAUUCGGUAUAAGGUUUCCACUUUCUUGGUAUCACCAAUAUUUAUAGAAUUACAUUAUAAAGCAAUAGCAUUAUAUAUAAAAUAAUCCUUGUAGGAUUAAGCUAUUUCAAAAUAUAUCUCUUGAAAAUUUUAGAAUUUUCUCACCACUUGCUCUUAAUCCCAAAUGCUGUUUUUUAUAAUGCCCAUAUAUUUCUUAUAGGAGACAUAAAUAUAUUAUAAUAUA